CUUUACUGUAUCGACCACUGUCACAAGUGAAAAGGCCUCUGCAGCCCACUCGCACUACUCGACCAAUCAUGCCUUCUCGUAGGCUCCAUCUCUCCUCGGGCUCUCACAAGCGCAAGGCCACCGAGGGUCAAGAUUUCAUGGCUGUCAUCCUGGUUGGCUAUGGUGACAAUCUAUACCCGUUCAAUGAAGGAAUAAAUGUAGUCUCCAAAGCUCUCAUACCGGUCGCCAAUCGGCCCAUCAUCAGCUUCGUCCUCGACUGGGUCUUUCAAUCAGGUAUCAUGGACGUACUCCUUAUAGUGCCGCCACUAUUCCACUCUUCCAUCUCAAACCAUCUGAACGAGAAUUACUCUACAACCACACACCCUGGAGCUCGCAUCACACUCAAACAACAUGAUGAGGGUCAGGACGAAGAUGGCGAAGAGCCUCGUGGAGAGUCCAGUAUGGCCAUGGAAAGGGACGGGACUGCCAGGUUGCUCAAGCAAUUUCGACAUCUCAUCGAGACCGAUUUUGUGCUCCUACCUUGUGACAUCUCAACACCAGCCAACCUCCCUUUAUCUUCCAUCCUUGAUAAACAUCGUGCAGCUCCUGACGCCGUCAUGACAUGUGUCCUUUACGAGCCGGUAGAUUCUGUCAGAGAAAGCGAAGAGAAAGUCCUCGUCGCGCUCGACCGAGAAAGCGAGGAGCUCCUGCUCGUCCUUCCCCUUGACUGUCUUGAGGAUGAUCUAGAUCUACGAAUGUCUCUCCUGCUUUCUCACCCAACCCUAUCCCUCACCACCCGACUCCUCGAUGCCCACAUAUACGUCUUUCGUCAUGCCGUUUUGGAGCUUUUGGCAUCUCGGCAAACCAGAGACCUCGAUAGUGUACGAGAACAGGUCGUCCCUUGGUUGGUGAAAGGGGCUUGGCAGAAGGGUCUUUCCAGUAGAUGGCAGCCCACCCUUGACCCUCCUGGUCGUGACCCACUGGCCUCUGCGCUGCUUCGAUCCACUACAUUAACACACAAUCACCCUACCCAUCUCUCUGUACCUUCUUCCCCUGGCUCUUUCGAUCCUUCCGCCGCUUCCACUAGACGUGAAACCCCCGCUUGGAAAUGCCAACUGGUCAUUUCAGCUCCUGCAGCCCGAUCAGCCCCUGAGCCAGCGAUUAAGAAGGGCGGGAAAGACAAGAGUAAACCUACGCCUGUCGUGGAACCCGAAUAUCUGAUCCGAUCAAACUCACUCGCUGGUUACUGGGAAAUGAAUAGGAGAGCGUUGCGGAAAAACCCACUUCGACUAUCGGCUGAGCCGGCACCAUCUCCUCCUAGCACCCCUUCUGAAGACGCCGCCGUGUCAUCUUCCGCUCAGAUAUCACCGGACAGCAUGAUAGGUGAGGGUACGAGGAUUGGAGAAAGAGCAAGUGUCAAGAAGUCAAUUUUGGGAAGACAUUGUGUCAUAGGACGAGGAUCAAAGAUUACCGGGAGUAUCCUGUGGGAUUUCGUCACAGUGGAAGAGAAUGCUCGGAUCGAGAAUUCAAUACUCUGUUCCAAUGUCCGCUUGGGCGAGAAGACGUCAGUCAAAGAUUGCGAGUUCGGGACUGGCUUUGAGGCUAAAGCAGGUGCCAAUCUGAAAGGGGAGAGGUUGGUGGCCGGCCAAGAGGCUUGACCCGCCGUGUCAAUUUUGUACUUACUUCUCAUCAGAAUUCCCAUGUCACAUCGGAACACACAUCGCAGACUGUGAACACUCUUGCAUGCAUGUUGAUAUCUCGC